GUCCUGUCCCGCUGCCAGCGCCUCUCGGAAGAGGAGCUUUCUGGCGCUCGCCGGCACAGCACUGGGAGGCAUUGUCCCCCGCUGCGACCGCUUUACUCCCGCCGGCGGGCCAUCGCUCUUUCGGGUUUCGCUUCCGCGCCCCAAGGUAAUAAGUCUUAAAAGAGGUACUUGUGUUCAAGAAGUACUAUAAACAACAUGAAAAAAAUUGCUACCAGCUCUUGCAGUGAAGAUGUUCUGCUUAGAAUGGGCCUCAAUGAUAACAAAGCUGGAAUGCAAGGAUUGGAUAAAGAGAAAAUCAAUAAAAUCAUCAUGGAAGCUACCAAGGGUUCUAGAUUUUAUGAAAAUGAACUUAAGAAAGAUCAACAAGUUAACCAACGAAUUGAAAAAAUGAUGCAGAUAAAAGAGAAAAUUACAACACAACAGCUCUUGAAAGCACAGCUGCAGGUGGACAAACUUGUGAUAGAACUGGAGCAGAGCCGUAACCUUAACAAUACAAUUGUACACAUUGACAUGGAUGCCUUCUAUGCAGCUGUGGAAAUGAGAGACAAUCCAGCGCUGAAGGAAAAGCCUAUAGCAGUGGGAUCAAUGAGUAUGUUGUCUACCUCAAAUUACCAUGCUAGGAGGUUUGGUGUACGUGCAGCCAUGCCUGGAUUUAUUGCUAAAAAGCUAUGUCCACAUCUAACUAUAGUACCAUUAAACUUUGAAAAAUACGGCAAAGUGAGUAAAGAGGUUAGAGAAAUACUGACUGAAUACGAUCCGAAUUUUAUGCCCAUGGGCCUAGAUGAAGCCUACCUAAAUAUAACAGAGCACUUGGAGGAACGACUGAACUGGCCUGAAGAUAAGAGAAGAUUCCUUUUUAACACAGACAGCAGUAGUGAAAAAGAUAAAGAUGAUAUAAAUAAGUCUGCCAGAUGUAGUGAAGAUGGAUAUUCUUCUUCACCAGUACUGUUUGAAGACAACACACCUCUGAUGGAUAACCACUCUGAACAAAGAGAUCAGUCAGUGGAAAAUUCAGUUGUCUUUGGAACUUCUGCAGAGGAAGUUGUGAAGGAAAUUCGCUUUAGGAUUGAGCAGAAAACUCAACUGACUGCUAGCGCAGGAAUAGCACCGAAUACAAUGUUAGCAAAAAUGUGCAGUGAUCGUAAUAAACCUAAUGGGCAGUAUAGGAUUGCUCCUGAGAGACAAGCAGUGCUAGACUUCCUAAAGGAUUUGCCAAUUAGAAAGGUGCCAGGUGUAGGAAAAGUAACAGAGAAGAUGUUAAAAGCCCUUGGAAUUGUGACUUGCUCGGAACUUUACCAGCAGAGGGCACUGCUUUCUCUUAUUUUUUCAGAAGCAUCUUGGCGUAAUUUCUUGGAUAUUUCACUUGGUUUGGGUUCAACACAUUUGGAAAAGGAUGGAGAAAGAAAAAGUAUGAGCACUGAAAGAACAUUCAGUGAAAUAAACAAAGUGGAAGACCAAUAUAGCUUGUGUCGAGAACUCUGCAGAGAUCUUGCUGAAGAGCUACAGAAAGAGGGACUGAAGGGUAAAACUGUUACCUUGAAGCUAAAGAAUGUGAACUUUGAAGUAAAAACAAGAGCUUCAACUGUGCUGUCUUCUGUUUCUACUGAGGAGGAAAUAUUUGCUGUUGCUAAAGACUUGUUAGGAACAGAAAUUGACAGUGUUGCUCCUCACCCUUUACGGAUAAGACUUAUGGGUGUACGAGUAUCGGGAUUUCUGAGUGAAGAAGAGAAGAAGUACCAACAAAAAAGCAUUAUGAGUUUCUUAAAAUCAGGAAAAGAAAUUGGUUUUCUUAGGCUUCAGGCAGGGAAGUCCAACCAAGAAUAUUUAACAAAAAAUUCAGAAGCAUCUCCGAGAGGGAGUUUUUUUGAUAAAAAGCGAGCUGCAAGGCAACUAAACAGUGAGAAUCUUUCUGCAAAUGAAACUGUGGGUAAACAGGUCUUUCACGAUGGGAAAUCAUCAGCAAAUUUUGUGGAGAAAACAAAGAAAGUCACAAACUUAAAGAAUUCUAAUGUGUGUAAGAUCUUCACCUGCCCUGUUUGCUUUGAAGAGCAAAGCAGCGAUAAUUUGGAAGAGCUUAAUAGGCAUAUUGAUGAGUGCCUUAAUGGGACUUCUGUUAAAGAUACUAUGGAAAUACCCAAGAAUCACAAUUCAAGAGAAAACACACUUAACUUUCUUCCAGUGUUUAAAAAUGAAAAUGUUGAUGAAUGUAAAAAAAAUAAAACACACGAAUUAGCAGGAACAGACCAGUCUGCAAGUACAUGUGACAACUCUACUAGCAAUAGCACAGGAAAAGUCACUCCUACAAUAUCUAGUAAGCCUCACAGAGAAAGACAGCCUAGCAAUCUCAUUGAUCUUGCUAGGAAUGUGUGUAUAACACCGUGUCUGUUGCCCAAAACAAUUUCACAAGACAAUGAAGACCAAAAAGACCAAAAGACUGGCUAUACAGAAGGAGCUGCUUCAUCCUGUUUCUUUGAAGCCAAAGAAGACAUUGUUCUUGUUUGUCCAGUUUGUAACUCUGAACAGAAAACCACCAGUCUUGUGUCAUUUAACAAACAUGUGGAUGUCUGCUUAAAUAAAGGCCUUAUCCAGGAACUGAUAGAAAAAAAUGAUUUUCCUACUAAGACUUAUAAUACGGAAAACUCAAAUAGAGUUGGUUUAAGCAGAGGACAGCAAUGCACAAAUCAAGGAACAAAAAGGUCUGGAACAGCAACUUCACAGUCAGUAUCAAAAAAGGCCAAGUCAAGCAAUUCCAAGCAUACAAUUGAAAUGUUUUUUAAAUGACUGUGUAGCAACAUAUUCUAUAUGAAGUAUUUCAUAGUGUUUUAUGACUGCAAAUUAAUUUAGCAUUGGUGGUAGACUGGACUCAGGUGCCUGUCACUUUGGAGCCAUUGCACGCCUGUGUGAAAAAAAGGUGAUUUGUUUCUGAGAAUGAAGAUUUGCUAGCACUUCAACUUUGUUUAUAUUGGACAUUUGGAACUUUGUGAGAAUCACGAGCAGUCUCACGAAUUCUUUCUGCUGUUGGAGAAACAGAACAGGGAGAUCAGAGCUGCCAUUAAGCAAGCCUGUAGGGCAAGCUCCCCAGAAAGCUAGAAUCAUUAGCUAGGGUGCCACGCUGUGCUUACUGAAGGCCCUUUUCCCUCACCUGAUCUGCUGUCUUCUCUGUGUUGGUUGUGUGGGUUGUGGUAGCCAUAGUAGCUCAGGCUGACACUUCCUUUGACAACUCAACACCAAAUUUAAUUGUGGUAUUACCUGUGUCAUAAGAAAGAAAAGCUGAUUGACCUCGCAGUUCCAAAGGAGAAGGAAUUUGAAGCAUGAGCAUGCUUUCAUCGUUGUCACUGCAAAUGACUUCAGUAAGAGGUGAUGGACCAGCCCUAACCAGUGACUUCAGUGAUUUAAAAAAUUUUAAACCUGUUGAUGAGGGGAUUCUUCCAAACAGUGUUUGAUCCUUGGUCUUUCCAAAGAGACUGAGAAUUUCAUUUUUCUUUGCAGUUGUGAAACUGUUACCAGUCAGUAGCACUAAUUUACUCUAAAUAAAAGGUCUUGUGGUGCAAUAAUAAUAUGAAUUAUAUGUAGAUAUGCAAGAUGCUGAACCUUUUCACUGUUUACCUAUCUUUCUCUUUAAAAUUAUUUUUUAUCUAUGAAAAAACAAUAUUUUAUGAGUGCGUAUGUGGAUAAAAAACAUUAUAAAGUACAAAUAUUUAAAUGACGCUCUUUAAAUUUUUUCUGUUCCCACCAAAUUGCUUAACUGUAGAUAUUUUACUAUAAUUAAAUAUUUAUCUUGUAAAUAA